GCUUGAUUCAAACACCCCCAUCGUUAGCCAGACCUUCAUUCAGCUGAAAUAGUUCAACGCGAUUCUGAACAUGAAGCAGCGCCAGAGUCAUGCACGUCAAGCCAAGGGCAGUCUUCGGUAUUCACGCCUGAGCUGAUGGCGAAGAGGACAGAGAAACACCUCGACGAACUAGAGGUCGGUCAGAUCGGUACUGGAAACUAUGCAUUGAAGUCGUUAGCGCACGAAUUAUGUCGAAUCUUCCAUGCCCGAUGACGGCGAAGAAGCUGCUACUACGGUCCAUACAAAAGGCCGGGCAAGACAGCUCAUCUCCGAGAAACGAACCCGCGACAUCGCCGGACUCGGCAAGAGAAACAGAAAGAAGUCGUCUAUGAAUGUUCGCAGUGCGCUUCUCUACCGAAAAACAUUCGCUACGCUCCUCGACGAAGCCCAUCUCCCCGACUCCGGGCCGUCGUACAUCACGGCAGCUGCACCUCCACCGGCAUAUCCUCCGCGGUUGUUAUGCUCCGUGUGCGGGUACUGGGGAAAAUAUAAAUGCCAGCGGUGUGCUUUGCCAUACUGUGAUCUCAAUUGUGAAGGUGUGCAUCUGGAAACACGCUGCGAAAGAAGGUUGAUAGCGUGAAGAGCGAACAGAAAUGCUCAUCCUCCUAGGGUGUUUCCGACUGGGUGCUUGUUCUAGAUGUCUCGGUGUCUGCCUCCGCAUAUAACAUCUCAUGACAUGUCUGAAUUCGGGUCCGACCAUGCAGACCAGUCGGGUUGCCAAUGUUCGGUAUUCUGCCUUUUGUGGACUAGUGCAAACACUCAUUGGACCCUCACCCACGUGGAGGUCCAUCACCGACUCGACACAGAAUCCGAGGCCAUCCGCGUAGCUGGUGUUGCUGGGACAGCUGUUCAUUUAGCGGUUAUAUCCCGCGACAUAGAGCCUCGGUCGUUUCUUGAUUACUUCGUCAACCAUGGAGCUCCCUGGCUUCUGGAGUCGAGACUCGAGAGCGAGGACGGUGGCGAACCGGGUCUAGGACGAUGCAACAGAGGCGAGACAACUCCCAAUGUUGCGGAUGCAUCAAGAGCCGCGCAUAUGCAGAUAUUGCUUCGGGACUGUUGUCUCGGGAGGCGACUUAAUUAUGGUUCGGCCAAUGCCGGCAUAAAGGAUAAAGCUUGGCAAGUCCCAUCGCGCAUCACGUCGGCAAGGAAACCACUCCAAAUGGGCAUAGAUCGCAAGCAGCACUCCAGCACUCGACUCCGAGGAGCCCAGGCUCUCCAACCCAGGAGAAAGUACAAAUUGGCAACGUCGAAGCAGCCGUUUGUGCGGCCAUCGUCAGUUGCAAAUGCCUUGAAACAGGAGACAGGACGACAAUUUCGAACGUCAUCAUCUCCCGUAAGAGUUUGAUGAAGUUCCCUCCGCGCCGGAACUUUUCUAUGCUGACCGCUUGCGGUCAUUCUUUCCUUCGUCCUUCUUACGUUCUUAACUGCACGCGCUUGCUGUGUUUUCCCAGGCAUAUUGCCUUUCCCUCCCUCCUUAGUUAUCACCUUCGUUUGAGAAUCGCAGUGCGGUGCCCUCAUCCUCUUGUUACCCGCACACAUACAUGGACCCCGAUUUCAAGUUUCCAGCGCGACCGAUACCUCGCGCAAUCCCCCGUCCUCCUCCCAGCAAGCCUGUCGAGCCCGAGAGCAGGCAGUCUAAUGCUCUGCGCGCUUCUGUUCUCGACGUUGCCCUUGAACUAGGUUUCGGCACGAAUGGUACUAUCUCUAACUGGAUGUUCAACAAUGCAGUGGACGAGGAAGUCGAGGAGGAGCCUGAAGAUGAUGUCGCGCCGAAAGAGUCCUCUUCCCCUGGUUUCGACGACUACAUUACAUACUCGACACCUCCGACGUCCACCGAAUCUGGCUUUGACGCGGUCCAGACCCGAGGCGAAGUUUCGCCCACAGCGCAACAGCAACCUCAGGUCCAUUUUCCUCCCUUGCAAAUCCCUCCCACUUCCACACCGAAGAAGAAGCUUCGCAAACCGCGUCCGGACGGGUAUGAAAGUGAUGGAGGCUAUAUGAGUGAUGGAGGCAAGAAGGCGCGUGCGCGCACCAAAUCUAAGCCGACAGAUCCCGGGGUCGCAUUCCCCUUUGGUGAACCCACCGAACCGGUGCCGGCUCCUAAGGAGGAACAGCGGCGAUGGAGGAAAAAAAGCAGCAACAAGAAGGAGAAAGAUACUGGUGCCGAGACAGACGUGGAAGAGAGUGGGAAGAAAGUCAAAUCGCCGCCGAAGUCGAAGAAGAGCAAAAAGGUCUCUGGCGAUGCGGGUUACGAAACAGACGACGGGUACAUUUCAGCCAGCGGCAAGAAAGCAAAACGCAAGUUCUUUUCUUUGCGCCGGAAAGCAGAGUCGCCAACUGAGGAGACUGUUGUUGAAUACAUCCCUCCCGUUCCUGAACUCGCCCACUUCCCCCUUCCCAUUGCGUCCAGAUUCGCCACCUCCAGUGUCGAUCUGCCGAGUGCUAGCGCAUCUACCAUCCGAGCAGAAACUCCGAUCGCCCCACCGACGCGACCGUUUGCGUCGAGUGCAGCCUCGUCGUCUGUAUCUCUAAUUUCGUCGUCAAAUUCCGGACAUUCUCCCCUCACGCCAGACGACACCUUUGGUUUGCGAGCGCUUCAUCCUGGGAUCCCGAAUCCAUUUUCCGAUGCUGAGAGCUUGUACGGUGGGCAUCACCCGGACAAGAGUGUCGCAUCCACUAUCUCCCCCUUCCCAUCCGCAUCAACGCAAGGCCCGCUGUCGGCCCAAGGGAUGUCGUCUCCUCUUUCUGGGCGGCCGAUAUUACGGCCCAUCCACACUGCCAGCCCAUUGCAUCUCAUGACAGAUGGCGCCGGGCCAGCCCCGUCGCGAUCGGCGUCGCCGAUGGGGUCGCCGUUUGUGAUGCUGACACCGAUCAAUACGAAUCUCCCCGCUUCGCCGCGACCGCGGGACCGUCCUCUGUCGCCAUCUCCGUCCGAGAUCAUCCCCUCGAGCGACUACAUUGUCCCGUCCCGGUCGACAUCGCCGCUUCCGUCUCCGAAUGUGCUGGCCUACUACGACGUCCCGCCACCCAGCCCGCCACCCACCGGCCCGCUGCCCCGGAUUCCGCGAGGCGCCCCGCCGUCGGCGCAUCGGGAUCCCGCGCUGGGCGUCGCCCGCCUGCGCAGCAUGAGUCAAGACCGGACUCGGGCUCGCAGUCGGAGCCCGAAUCCGGGCAAUAACCUGGCUGCCUCGAGUCCCGAUCAGGCUCGCCCGGUCUCCCCCGGUGGGCUUCCGCUUGGUCCCGGGGUCCAGCGUGGUCGCGCAUCUCCGUUUCCGACGCAGCCGCUUCCCCGGCAAAAGGUCGAUCUGGCCAACCGAUCGCGCGCUGAUGUGUAUCGGGAUCUCUAUGAUAAACGGAGAGAUGCUGAUGAGGACGACGACGACGACGAAGUGGGCAUCCGAGUUGAGCAAUGGGACAGCGACGAGGAAACGGGGGGACACGACGCCAUCUUCGGCGUCAUGGACCGAUUCCGCGACACCCAUGAAAGCCCGUCGCCCUCUCCCGGCUCGGCCCUGGAGAGGAAGGACUCGGGGGCCCUGCGACCGGGAAUAGGCAAGCCAUCACAACGCAUUCGGUUCGCCCCGCCGCCGAUGGCACCUCCCGAGGAGGACGAUGACCAAGCUUCGAGGUAUCCGGAUGACGAGUCGAAUGCGGGCGGAUACAACCGCGACACGGUCUACAGCAGCUACAGUCGCGCAAGUUUUAUGGACACGGACCGGAGCCAGAGUGUCCGAGGGAAGCUCAUCGAGCACGUGGGUCUGAUGUACGAGGACAACGGGCGAGAGCGGUCCCAGGCGAUUCCUCCAGUCCCCAAACUCCCUCCCGACCUCGUCGCUGGAGGCAACCGAUUUUGAUAUUAUCUAGGUUUUUUUUUUUUGCGCGUGUGAUGUCUGUACUUUUUUUUCGAUUCAUUGCGCCCUAGAUGGCCAUUCCCCGAUUCAUCAAUAAAAGUGAUCCAGGCUUGCAA